UGGGGAGGACGAUGGCGGCCGGCGAGGUUCGCCCGAACCCUCAGCUGUGGCUUCAGCUGCUCGGCUUGGCGUCGCUGGCGUCGGCCCUGAACCCAGACGACCCGAACGUCUGCAGCCACUGGGAGAGUUACACGGUGACGGUGCAGGAGUCGUACGCUCAUCCCUUUGACCAGAUCUACUACACGCGCUGCACCGACAUCCUCACCUGGUUCAAGUGCACCAGACACAGGAUCAGCUACAAGACGGCGUACCGGCGGGGGGUUCGGACCAUGUACCGGCGCCGCUCGCAGUGCUGCCCCGGAUUCUACGAGAGCGCCGACCUCUGCAACCCUCUCUGCAGCCAGGACUGCAUACACGGGUUCUGCGUCUCCCCUGAUUCCUGCCAGUGUGAACCGGGCUGGGGAGGACCGGACUGCUCCAGCGGCUGUGACAGCGACUCCUGGGGCCCCGACUGCAGCAACCGCUGCCAGUGCCAUAACGGGGCCCAGUGCAACCCCAUCACGGGUUCCUGCGUCUGCCCCGCCGGGUUCCAGGGCUGGCGCUGCGAGCAGCGCUGCGCCGCUAGCUCCUACGGGAAGGACUGUCUGCAAAACUGCGUCUGCCGCAACGGAGCUAGCUGUCACCACCGGACGGGAGAGUGCGUCUGCACCGCCGGAUUCACCGGGAACUACUGUGAGGAUCCGUGUCCUCCAGGUCAACAUGGACGUCUCUGCCAGCAGAGCUGCAGCUGCCAGAACGGAGGAAGCUGCCAUCACGUGACCGGAGAGUGUUCCUGCCCCCCCGGAUGGAUGGGCCAGGUGUGCGCUCAGCCGUGUCCCUCCGGGCUGUUCGGCGUUAACUGCUCCGAGAUCUGCACCUGUCGGAACGGAGGCCUCUGUGACCACAUCAGCGGCCAAUGCCAGUGCAGCGCCGGGUUCACCGGGGACAGGUGCCAGGACCAGUGCCCGGCCGGCACCUACGGGCCCGGCUGCACCCUGAGGUGCUCCUGCCAGAACGGCGCCCGCUGCCUGCACCUGAACGGGGCGUGUCUUUGCCCCGAGGGCUUCAAGGGCCCGAGCUGCACGGAGCGGUCCUGCCCCGCGGGGCGGUUCGGGCUGCUGUGUGACCGGCGCUGCACCUGCGCGGCAGCCGGCACCCUGGGGUGCCACCCCCUAACGGGGGCCUGCACCUGCACCGCCGGCUGGGCGGGAACGAGCUGCAACCAGACCUGCCCGGAGGGUUUCUACGGCGACGGCUGCGGAGAGACGUGCGUCUGCGCUAAUGGAGCCGCCUGCGACGCCGUCAGCGGCGCCUGCACCUGCAAACCGGGGUUUAUGUUCGGUACCAACUGCUCCUCCAGCUGUCCUCCGGGUCGGUUCGGUGCCAACUGCAGCUCCAACUGCUCCUGCGUCAACCAGGAAUCCUGCAACCCGGUGGAUGGAACCUGCACCUGCAGGGAAGGUUCCUGGGGUCCCGGCUGCAACCAGACCUGCUCCAGCGGGUCCUGGGGUCCUGGUUCUGGUUCCGGGGGUCCCGGCUGCAACCAGACCUGCAGAUGUUCCAACGGAUCGUCCUGCGACGCCAACGGCAGCUGCAGCUGCCAGCCGGGCUGGAGGGGGGACGACUGCAGCCUGCCCUGCCCGGAGGGGUCCUACGGGCCGGACUGCGCUGCCACCUGCGACUGCACCAACGCGGACGGCUGUGACCCGGUGAACGGAUCCUGCCGCUGCCUCUCCGGCUGGACAGGUAUAAACUGCGGUACCAGGUGUGGGCGGGGCCUCUGGGGGCCCGACUGCCCCUUCAGCUGCACCUGUGAGAACGGAGGCUCCUGCAACCCGGAGGACGGAACCUGCGACUGUGCCGCCGGUUACCGCGGCAGCAGCUGCCGGAGACCGUGUCCCAGCGGGAGCUUCGGUAAAUCCUGCUCCCAGAUCUGCUCCUGCAGCAACAACGGCUCCUGUAAUCCCAUCGACGGCUCGUGUCGGUGCCGACCCGGAUGGAUCGGAGACGACUGCUCCCAACCGUGUCCUCCAGGAUCUUGGGGUCCCGACUGCAUCCAGUCCUGCAGCUGCAACGGAGCCGACUGCAGCAACGAUGACGGGGAAUGUUUCUGCAGGGACGGAUGGACGGGAGACGACUGUGGACAACAAUGCCCGCCGGGCCUCUACGGCCGCCGCUGCUCCGCCGCGUGUCGCUGCCAGAACGGCGGCGACUGCAACCACGUCAGCGGCAGCUGCUCCUGCAGGACGGGCUUCACCGGGACCCGCUGCCAACGCAGGUGUCUUGCGGGGACGUUUGGACUCGGCUGCCAGCAGAUCUGCGAGUGUUUGAAUAAUUCCACCUGCGACUCGGUGACGGGAACCUGCUACUGCAGCGCCGGAUUCCAGGGGAUUCGCUGCGACCGAGCUGCGCUGGUGAUGGAGGAUCUGAACCCGUACACCAAGAUGAGCCCGGCUCUGGCGUCGGGCCGGCGCUCGGCCGGCGCCGUGCUGGCUGUCGUCCUGCUGCUGCUGCUCGUCACGGCGCUGCUGGUUCUGUUCGUCUGGUUCCGGUACCGGCGGAGGGAGAAGGGCCAGAACGGGCCCAGCGUCAGCUACACGCCGGCCCUGAUCAGCUCCACCGACUACUCCCUCUCAGCAGGGCUGCAGUUUCCAGGUCUGCUGGCUUCCUCAGAGUCGUCCCCAGGUACCUGCUUCUCCAACCACAACUACAGCACCCUUGGGCCCGGCAGCACACUGGGGCCCUGCAGCACCCUGGGGCCCUGCAGCACCCUGGGGCCCUACAGCACCCUGGGGUGCAGCUACGCCACGCACUACGCCAAGGCAGCCAAGAAGACUUCCUCCAAGGUGAACAGGAAGCAGCGCUACCGGAACAGCGCUCCGGAGUGGGGCGGCUACUGCAACCUCAGCCAGCUCGGUGUUUACUGCCUGGACCGGCGCCUCAGCUGCCACCUGGAUCCGAGCUGCACAGACUACAUGAAGAGCUCCAUGUCCAGCUCGUGUUCCCUGAGCAGCGAGAGUCCGUACGCCACCAUCACCGACCCCGCCGCCUGCAGGCUGGAGAGCAGCUACGUGGAGAUGAAGUCUCCGGCUCACCGGCAGCACGCCGCACCGCGCUGCUGCCCCACCGCCGCGGCUAACGCUAGCACCGCCAGGAACGUCUACGAUAUGGAACCGACCAUCAGCCUGGUCCGGGCCACCGGCGCCGCUGGUCCGAUUCCUGGCUACGGUCCGAUUCCCGGCUCCGCCCAGAUUUCCGGCUCCGCCCAGAACCCCUACGACCUGCCCAGGAACAGCCACAUCCCCGCCCACUACGACCUGCUGCCAGCCCGCCCAAGCCCCGCCCACCAGCCCGGAGGCCCCCCCCACCAGCCCAGAGGCCCCGCCCACCUGCCUGGAGGCCCCGCCCACCAGCCCGUCAGUCCCACCGGCUCGCUGCUGUUCUGGUUGCCGGUUCUGCUCCGUGUAGCAGUACCAGGUCUGACCUCAGGGGGGCGUCCAGGUCUGCAGGUGGAGCCCCCUGUGGCCAGACCUGGUCCACUGGGCCUACAGGAGCUAAUGAAGGACGGAUGCUGUUCAAACCACUGCCAGAAUCGAAUUCCUAAGAACAGAGUGAGGCGUGUAGCCAUGACGGAUGAAGGCUGCCAACCUAAAGUGAUCAUAGUCACGACCUUGAAGAACAAGAAUUUCUGUCUCGACCCCGACUGGAAAUGGGCCAAAGAGCUUCUGGAGCAGUUUCAGAAGUGCUCAGAGUCCUCCAAGUCCUCUAAAUCAUGA